CCCCCCCCCCCCCCCCCCCCCUCUCUCUCUCUUUGUCAGUCUCUUCUCUGCGGACUCACAGUGAGUAAAGUUUCCUCCUCGGAUCCGAGCUACAGCUGCGGACUCUGGAAACACGGUGUUUGACAACCUCGGCUGAGUCGCCCCCCCCACCCCUUCCUUCCUUCCUUCCUUCCAUCCUUCAAACUUUGACGCCAACGCCCAGAGAUGUCCUCUCAGGCCACGCCCACCCAGGGGUCAAGACCGCUGACCCCUCCGCUGACCUCCGCCGGAUCCCCGAGCUCGCCUCUGUCCCCAAAGUCCCUGCAUCCUCCCGGCUGCAGACACAGAGACCGCUCACCUUCCCCCAUCAGAGGCUUCCUCAUCCCCAGCCCUCUGCCCACCCGCAGAAACAGGACCUGCUCAGCGACGGCUCGGGCGUCCGAGGGUCCAGUGUUUGCGGGUGUGUGUAAAUGUUUUUCCCGCUCAAAAGGCCACGGCUUCAUCACGCCCUCGGACGGGGGCAAGGACAUCUUCGUCCACAUCUCAGACAUCGAGGGCGAGUACGUGCCGGUGGAAGGCGACGAGGUGAGCUACAAGGUCUGCUCCAUCCCUCCCAAGUUCGAGAAGGUGCAGGCGGUGGAGGUGACCAUCACCCAUCUCAACCCGGGGAGCAAACACGAGACCUGGUCCGGGCACAUCGUCAGCAGCUGAGCGCUGGGGGAGCCGGGGGGGAGCCGGGGGGGAGCCGGGGUCGACCAGGCCAGUGGGAGGGAAGGGAGGACGUAGAACAGCUUGAGAGGGAGAGGAUGGGUGAGAAGUGAAGCCGAGGGCGUUGAGGUCAGAGGGAAGUUCUUGCUGCUCCUUGUGUGAUGCUCAGAGACGUCAGAAGACACGACCGGUGUCCUGAGGGGACGGAUAAAGGUUUAAUUUGGAGUUGACAUGUGUGAGGCUUUCUCUGUCCUACCUGGGAAAUGGGGAACUAUAUCUUCGAAGCACACACAGGUGGAAUAUGAAUAGAUAUAUGAUCACGGUGGAAUCAUCCUAGAAAGAUUUAUAACAUUAUCGUUGGUUUCUUCUUUAGAGUUUUUAGAUCCUCGCCCCGUGUUGAGAUUUGAUGGACGUUGUUGAGGUUUUACUUAUUUUGAAGAGGAAAGUUUUCAUUCGCUGCAACGAAAAACACGUUAAGCUCAGCUUCCAAUCACAACAGAGGUGACAGCCAGACUCCUGUGGGGGGGGGGGGAUGAUGAAGAGGAGUCGCUGUGAAGCUCCGGCAGCAGGAGGUUGUUUUCCAGGUUUAAGGCUCAGUCACCAAUACGUGAAGAUUUAGAAACCAAGUCGAAUAAAAGAUCUGUUUCCUGUGGCGAGGCGGAUCUCAGCAGGGGGUCAAUCGCUGGUGAACUGUGGUGAACCCGCUGUGCGUGUCUGCUUCUGUCAACACAACUCCCUCCUCUCCUUGUGCCUAAAUAAACCAGCUCCUCUGUAUUUCAUCUUCACGUGUGGCUGGUUGUAUGAAAAGUUCUCAAAAGUAAUUAAAGCAUUUUAAACUGG